GAAAGUCGUCGUCCUCUGCAUCGACGAUGAUUUCCUGGAGCCUGAUGACGGCUGGGGCUCGAGGACGAACACCGUCGAGGAGGAGGUUCCAACGAGGCCAACCGAAGCGCAAGAAACUCCCAUCGCUGAAGAGAAAGCAUCGGGCUGCGGAGCCAUUCGCGGUGAAGGUCUUCGUCGACGCCGACCGACGAAAUCGAAAUAAGAUCUUUGGCAUGGCGCCUCUCGUCUUCUGGGUCGUUGUAGGCGUUCUGCUCGUGUUGAGUAUUUCGGCGAUGAUUUCCUUCAUCAAGCUGAGCCGGGAUGGCACUCAAAAGAAGGGGAACCUGUCGGCCGAAGUGGAGCCAGCAAUGCCUUCGGAGAGCCUGUAGAAGUCAACAGAGAUAUACAUAGUGGCGAUACAUUGUAAAUAUCUAUCU